ACAACUGUUCAGUUGUAGUUUAGACUGCCUACCAGACGUGUGUAUAGAAUACAGUUAAGUUCUUGCGUAAAACUCUUUUGUCUUUUGACGAACAAUGAAGAUAUUUCUGGGCGUUGUGCUGUUUGCUGUCCUUGGUACUUCCCUGGCUGUGCCUCUAAGAUCAACAGUCGAUGAAGAUCCUGAGUUGAUCGCUGGCUAUUUCCAAGGUGACAUUGUUUUGGAACAAACACAACGCAAUGGCUUACGCAAUGAAACCAGACGCUGGCCAGACAACAUUGUAUACUACAAGUUCAGUGAGGGGUACUUCGAUAAAGUCCAUCAAAAUCACAUUCUGCGUGGCAUUAAGAUCUUGGAGGAAGUCUCUUGCAUCCGCUUUAAGGAGGCCACCGACGACCAGCCUUAUUAUGUCAACAUAACCGGCAAAGAUGGAGGUUGCUAUUCAAGCGUUGGCUGGUUGAACGGCGUUCAAACCUAUAAUCUGCAGAACUAUGCUUUGGAUACUGGUUGCUUCCGUCUCGGUACAAUUGUACACGAGUUUUUGCAUACACUCGGUUUCUAUCACAUGCAGAGCGCCGCUAAUCGCGACGAAUACGUACGCAUCGAUAAAGAGAACAUUCGCCCUGGCACCGAGCACAACUUCAACAAAUACGAAGAGGACUUUGUCGAUGAUUUCGAUGAGGAAUACGACUACGGCAGUGUGUUGCACUAUUCGGCCUAUGCUUUCUCGGCCAAUGGCAAAAUGACGAUUGUGCCUUUGAGGGAAGAGGAGGCGGCCAAUGUUAUGGGCCAGCGCCGUGGCUUAAGUCAAAGCGAUAUCAACAAAUUGAAUGUUAUGUAUCGUUGUCCUUUGAAAGUGUAAUAUAUUUAUAUUCGAAAAUUGUGAAUAGGAAGGGAAGUUAAAAAUUUAAUUGACUUUGAUGUUAAUAAUUGGAAGUGUUGCGAAAGAAAUUUUAAGAUUUUUGAUCAUUGCUUAAUUUUUCCUUCUAACGUCCAACAGUACAGAUACUUUGAGUGUUUAGAACAAAGUUUUAAAUGCAAAAGCUGAAAUUAAUAUACUAAAUUCUUACUUUUUUCGACAAGCCUGGAAAUCGCCGAAACAUGCCUAGAAGAAGUUUGAAUAUGAAAAAUGUAACUCAUAUAUUCCAAUAAAACAUAGCUAAAAGUAUUAAA